AGAUAGCCAUAAUGCCUUUCUUCUACAUAUAUUUCUCUUUCCAAAUCACCCUCAUUUUCAUAACCAUUUCAAUCAUUAUCUUCCCUCCUCCCACACAUGCUUCUACCCCCACACAGGCCUCUACUGCAGCAAGUGGUGCAAAACUUAGUACCUUUAGAAAGAUCUAUGCCUUCGGUGAUUCCUUUACUGACACUGGCAAUACAAGAAGCAUUGCUGGAGCAGGCGCUUACCUCUCUGCCUCAAAUCCUCCAUAUGGUCGCACAUUCUUCCACCACCCAACAAACAGAUUCUCUGAUGGACGCCUUGUGAUUGAUUUUUUAACUGAGACACUCUCUUUACCGUAUUUGCCACCUUACCUUCAGAAAGAGGCUGAUAGAUCACAUGGCAUUAAUUUUGCUAUUGCUGGUUCCACAGCUAUAGAACACAGUUUCUAUGUAAGGAACAAUAUAACAGCAGCCUACAGUUCUCAGGCACUUGAAACUCAACUUGGCUGGUUCCAAGAGUUCUUGGGCAGUCAAGGGUGUAGAAGCUCUACAACAACACCUCAGCAGUGCAAUGCAGUAUUUGAUGAGGCUUUAAUCUGGUUUGGUGAAAUUGGAGUAAAUGACUAUGCAUAUAGUGUUGGUUCUUUUGUAUCAGGCGAUACCACACGCCAGCUUGCAAUUAAGAGUGCUACUGAUUUCCUGCAGGUAUUGCUCAGUAAAGGUGCCAAGUCUGUUGUUGUCCAAGGUCUGCCUCCAAUAGGCUGCCUCACAUUGUCCAUGGGUGUCUCAUCAGGCUUCGAUAGAGAUGAUAUUGGAUGUGUUGCAAGCGUGAAUGCCGUGAGUUACUAUCACAACAACAUCUACCAGGCCAGGUUGCAAGAUUUAAGGAAAGCGUUUCCAAAUGCUAUCAUUGCUUAUGCUGAUUACUUCAACGCUUACAGGACUGUCAUGAGGAAUCCACGCAACUUUGGCUUCUAUGAGCUCUACAGCGCUUGCUGUGGAACAAGUGGCGGAUCAUAUAAUUUGAACCCGUUAGCACCAUGUGGCUCAGUUUAUGCAACCUCGUGCCCAAACCCAUCUCAGUACAUCAACUGGGAUGGAGUGCACCUCACUGAAGCCAUGUACAAGGCAAUUUCUCAAUUGUUUUUUACCGGAGGAGCCAUUCACCCUUCAUUUGCGUACUUAAUAAGCCACUGAAAAAAUAAACUACUACUGGCUGGACAGAUCCUGAGAAGUU